AGUGUGGCUCGGCUCCCAAAUAUUAGAAACCUAUUUAUGCCAAAGUAGAUGAAAGGGCCGCUCCAUGCGUGUUCUUCAUGCACACAAUGUCCUCGAACAACUUACCUUCCAAACAGUACUACACCACUUUAUAUAUAAUUCUGUUCGUAUUUGCCCUGCUGUUUAUAUUUGCACUUGGGACAAACUUUUUGACACCAUUAUUCGACGAUAGGAUCGAGCUAAAUUUAAAACCUGCUACCAAGUACUAUGUAAGUGCACCAAAAUUUGCAGAUACAUAUCUAGAUAAUAAUGAACUGACAUCGAGGAGGAACAACCUCAACUAUGCAGCUGGUUGCUAUGGAAAGGAUAUGUACGACAGGCGCGUCGCCGACGAAUAUUACGAAGAUGCCACAGAAGAUCCUUCGCUUUCGAUCGACAACGCCUGUAGUACCUUCAG